AAUAGACGCUGAGUUGUGGUGUCAAGGAGACGGCUGUUCAUGUGAUAUUAGCCCACAGUUUUGUGACAUUGGUUGCUGCUGUGAUUUUAUCGACUGUGGUGUCAGUGACCUGAAUACGGUCUUCAGUGGCUGUGAGACUGUGGAGAGUUAUGCUGUAUGCAUUGAGAGUUGGCUGAUGUUCAGAGGGAAUGUAGACCCCAGUCUCAUAGCUGUCAAUGAAACUUUCUUCUGUGUACGAAGUCUAGAAGAUAACCUGACAAUCCAGCAGAGUCAUCCUGCUCUUUCAUGGCUCCCAGAGAUACAGGAUUUGUACUCAUUUGCUGAACAUAGAGUUCAGUCUUCCAGCCUUGCAGCUAGAGCUUUUUACAAGGCUGAUGAUGUCAUCUUAACCUAUUACAAUAGCUCAUCAUUAUUGGGUGUAUUCAGACAGCCAUCACCAGGAGUAAGCACUACUUCGUGUGUGGACUGGAACCCUGGGAGAUUCCUGCGCUCCCUCUCUUUCUCCUGUUCCCGCUCCCUGACUGCACAGAGCUGUCUCAUAGACCCCAGUCUUAAUGCCCGCUCCUACUUCUCUGGAAUCAGUCUGCUAAAGGUCCCAUUCUCUCAGAACGUCUCCCUCCCUGGAUUUACAAUACCGGUUGUUCCACUAUCAGAAUGGCCGGAACCAAGCAUCCAGAAUGGUUCCUGUUUGAACGUGGUAUCAAAGGUGCAGCACAUACUUCAGUACAGUAGCAGCGGUACCAUUAUCAAGGUGACAGUGAAUGUGACACUAACAGACAGCGACGUGGACUUGCAGCUGCUGCAGCAGCACGACGUUACCUACCAGUUAGCCGCGCCUUCUGCUACCCAUGGACCUACUGCAGCAGUCGGACUGAAGCCGGGAGCUCCUGUGAUCGCUCAGUUCACUGACAGGGUCCAGCCUUUAACAAUCCAAGGCAUAUCUCCAGGAGGCGAGUGUUCCAGUUCUCUUCUUAGCAGGACUGCGAUCCUCUUCCCACAAAACUACAUUACUGGCUGUGCCUACAGCUCCUUUUCACGCAGCUGCUCAGAGCUGCGCUCUCAGCUGUAUCAGAUUCUUCGGGGCACCUCAACCCCCACUUUUGUGGCUAUGAAUGCAGGGACCCAGCCGAACUGGACAGGAGUGAUUACUCAGGACUGCUUCAAUAGUCCUCCUGAUGACUCCUGUGAGUCAGGCUGCCUCCUGCCCCUGACUCUUUCUGUGCAGCUACUCUGGGCUCAGCGGGGACUCCUCUCUUUACCGCAGAGUCAAAUAUUAGGGGCUAAAUUCCUGUUUCACUGUAAGACAGUCCAGUGCCCGCUCGCCACCCCGCUUACCGUGAUGACCGAGGUGACAUUUUCAGAUGCCACAAUCUACCCAGUGCCCCCCAGGGGCCAGCCACAGCCAGAUUGGAAAGUCCCCUUCGGCUUCUUUUCCCGAGGGGCAGAUGAGCAGGAAAACUUGCUGGUGCUGAACUGCUCUGGAUACACUGAUACAUUGUGGUCAUGUACACUGUGGGCUGUAGGUUUUAUAUUGUCUGUGGUACUGUAGAGCUGGUAUUGACGGGAGCCCU